UUCCUUCGUUGGCAUUCCGCAGAAGUUCAAGGAAAGCUGAAAUAAAACUCCAAGGUUAGGGUUUUGUGAAGGCGCUUCAUUCCUCGCCCUUUACCAGUUACGCCAUGGUGAAGCACAACAAUGUUGUGCCCAAUGGGCAUUUCAAAAAGCACUGGCAAAACUAUGUCAGGACUUGGUUUAACCAGCCCGCACGCAAAGUUAGAAGAAGGAUAGCACGAACAAAAAAAGCUGUGAAGAUAUUUCCAAGGCCCGUAGCUGGACCGUUGAGGCCAAUAGUGCAUGGACAAACACUAAAAUACAACAUGAAACUGAGGGCAGGAAGGGGUUUUUCACUAGAAGAGCUUAAGGCCGCUGGUAUUCCAAAGAAACUUGCCCCAACCAUCGGUAUUGCGGUUGAUCAUCGACGCAAGAACCGCUCUUUGGAGGGUUUGCAGGCAAAUGUCCAAAGGCUGAAGACUUACAAGGCUAAUUUGGUUGUUUUCCCGAGACGCCCUAGCAAAUUCAAGGUUGGUGAUUCCGGCCCAGAAGAGCUGGUUAAUGCUUCCCAGGUCCUAGAUAAGUACAUGGCUAUAACUAGGGAGAAACCAGGUGUUGAAAUGGUUAAAAUCACAGAGGAGAUGAAAUCCUUUAAAGCCUAUGACAAGCUGCGCAUUGAAAGAACGAAUAAGCGACAUUUUGGUGCUCGCUUAAAGAAGGCAGCAGAAGCAGAGAAGGAAGAGAAAAAGUAAAUUGGGUUGUCAUCCUAGGGAGCAGGAAGAAAAAACAUUGCUUUUCUUGCAAUCUCAGUUUUUUGUCUGAAGUUCUUUUUGGGUGAGAUAUUGAUCUUUUUUUUAAUGUUCUCUUCGGAGGUUUGAAGAAAUUUUGCAACCUUUAGUUAUGAAUCUUUGCAUUGACAUUUGCAGAAACCUCUCUUUA